AUGGCAGUAAGAAUAGUAACAUAUAGUUCUCCUAUGAGCUUUCCUCCUACAAUGUUUAUCGGAAAUACUCUGCUUCAGAACACCCAAAUGAAGCUUUCGUACACUCAUAUCCAUUUUACAAACAAUGUAAAGGCAAUUUCCCCUUGCGACAUACUUGUGGUGGAUGGGAACUUUGUGCCUAUGAAUGCCUUGGAAGAGGCCAAAAAGGUUCAUUCCAAAACUAUCCUAUGGAGUAGAGACGUGAUAAAUUCCGCAGUCUGGCUUAUUGAAAAGUUCUCUGCUAGUCCUACCAAAAGCUAUAUUAUAGUUGUUGAUGAUUCCACAAGUAUUGAGGAAAGAGACUUUUCUUCGGAUAUCGAUCUAGAAGCAUCACCAUCCCUUCCAGAUCUAAAGGUAGAACCUCAAAAAAACUCUACAGAAGACUAUCUAGAGGAUAAGUUUAGCAGUUUAGAAAAGAAGAAGCCUGUGGAAAGUAUAUUUAGUAGACUUCACUUGUCAAAAAACUUGUAG